CAGUUUUUCGUCUGCUAGUUUAUAAUUGUUGACUAUUCAUAAUUUGAUAUACCUAUAAUUAUUAAUAUCUAACGCUUUAUAGUAUCGAUCUCACUUACUUUCUAUGUGAUUGUUCAUUCGAUUUGUUUUAUAAUUAAAAAUCUUGCAUACUUAUGAUAAACAGCUAUUAUAAUCAUUUAAAAUCGUUUUGCAUUUACAUGGAGGGAAUGAACUAUUUCGUGAAAAAUAAUUCUGCUUCUGAACAAAAAUUAAAAUGGAAAACAAAAUAGUAUUCGUAACUGUUGGAACAACAACAUUUGAUGAUCUUAUUAUUACAGUUACUUCAGAUGAAAUUUUACACCAACUGAAUGCAAGAGGAUAUAAAAGUUUAAUCAUGCAAAUUGGAGAAAGUCAGUUUGUUCCUAAUUGUUCUCCAAGGUGUGGAUUUUCUUACAUUGAAGCAUUCUCUUUAAAACCUUCUUUAUGUGAAACAAUGAAAUCUGCUGAUUUAAUUAUUAGUCAUGCUGGAGCAGGAAGCUGCUUAGAAGCUUUAGACUUGAAAAAACCAUUAAUUGUUGUCACUAAUAACUUGUUAAUGAAUAAUCACCAAGUAGAACUUGCAAAACAGCUUUGUAAUGAUGGUUAUUUGUACUACUCAACUUGCAAAAAUUUAUUGGAACUAAUAAUAAAAAUGAAAUUAUCAGAAUUGAAAACUUUUCCCGGGGAUAAAAGUCAUGCCAUAGCAAAUGUUGUAAAUAAAUUAAUGGGAUUUUCUUAGUCUCAAAUGAAUAUAUAUUGUAAUUUUUCA